AUGCUAUUAUUCCCCGGCGUACCUCACGAACACCAGCUUACAAUUGCAGCAGAAACGAAGAGCAAGCAGUCAAUAAAUCAGCUCCCCAAAAGACUACGAGCAAGAGCCGUCUACAGCAGAUUAGAUCAAGGGAGACUAAAGCACAUAAAAGAUCCAUGGUUGCUAUAUUCUUCGCAUAGAAAGGUUAAUCCAGGAGAAAUAAUGGCUUCAAAAUGUUUGAGAGGAAAUGUGCAGGAAAGUAUUACAAGAAUAAGGAAGGCCUUUAUGGCUGGUGUAAAUAGUGUUCAGCCACAUGAAUUGAUUAGGAAACAUUUACAAAGAAAUGCUGAGAGUUUAGAAAUUAACAAAGUAAAUUAUACACUUAAAAAUAAUGUGUAUGUCAUUGGAUUUGGUAAAGCAGUUAUUGGUAUGAUAAGGCCUGUGGAAGAAGCUCUGAGGAACUCUGAUGGAACAAGUCAUAUACAGGAAGGUGUGAUAAGUGUCCCUAUUGGGAUUCAGGACACUUUUGCAAAGAAACCACACUUACUGCCAAGUGAGAACUCCAUCAUUGAAAUUGUAGAAGGAGCUAAAAAUAACAUACCAGAUGAAGCAGCCUAUGCAGGAGCAAGAAAGAUCCUUUCUUUAGCACAGAAGUUAAAAGGAAAUGACCUUUUGCUUGUACUGAUUUCAGGAGGAGGGUCAGCCCUGCUGCCCUACCCUACUCCUCCUCUGACACUUCGUGAAAAAAGUGAACUAGUAAAGUCACUUAGUAAGAAAGGGGCAACUAUAACAGAACUGAAUACAGUCAGAAAGGCUUUGUCACAGACCAAGGGUGGCAAACUUGCAAGUGCAACAGAGGCAGAGGUAGUAACUCUUAUCUUGUCAGACAUUAUUGGUAGUCCCCUUGAUAUGAUAGCUAGUGGACCAACUGUAUGUAAUACAGACCCUGUAGAUGCUGCAGAAAACAUUUUGCAUAAGUAUGAUAUUGCUAUCACAGAAAAUCUUAAACAUAUUUUAGAUAAAAAUGCAUUAGAAAAGAUAAAAACAAAUCCAAAUGUCAGCAACUGCAUUAUUGGCAGCAAUGAGACAGCAUUGUCAGAAGUGCUAUCUUCAAUCACAAAAACAGAGAGUGAUGGUCAAUCAGUAAUAUUAUCAUCAUCUUUAAGUGGAGAAGCAGGACACAUAGGGAGAAAGAUGGCAGAUUUUGCUGCAAAUAUCCUUGAAAUCCUCUGUGGAAACAAGGCUCUGCAGAUCUCUGAAUCAGAUCUGUGUGACCUUUGCAUAAAUGACAGCAAGGCAAGCCUUAUGGAUGCAUUGGAGAGGUGUCGAAAAAGCAAAACACCCAUUUGGCUUAUUUUUGGAGGGGAAACUACUGUGGAAGUAAAAGGAUCAGGAAGAGGUGGAAGGAAUCAAGAAAUGGUGCUUGCCUUCAGUAUGUCUGUUGAAGAGAAGCUUCAAGGCUCAACAAGUACAGGAGAAGUAGUAUUUCUCUCAGGUGGAACAGAUGGUAUUGAUGGACCAACUGAUGCAGCAGGUGCUGUAACAUACUGGUCCUCUUUCAACUCAGGAGUAAAGUCCCAGUUGAAAGAGGCAAAAGAGCAGGGCCUAAAUCCAGAAGAUUUCCUCAGAAACAAUGAUUCAUACACCUAUUUCUCUGAGCUGAGUUCUGGACAGUAUUUGCUCCAACCAGGGCACACUGGAACUAAUGUAAUGGAUUUGCAAAUUCUUCUCAUUAACCCUUUCAACUAGUGUCCUUUGAAAACCUUUAGUAAUAGCAUUAUUGGGUGAUGAAAUGGGUUUAUGUUCCAAAUAGGUGUAAUUAGAGUGAGCACACCUCCCCAGUGUGUAUUCGAUGAUACAGAGCCUGGAUUAAUUCAUUCCUAGUUGCCAGAAAAUGAACAGAGGAAGUUUGUUUGCCUUUGCCAGAACCCCAAGAGGUAAAGCCAUAACAUAGCUGGACAUUGGGGCCUUCAGCAGUUUCUCAGUCUUUAAUGAGCAGUUGCAACCUUGCCUUCAGUUUCUAUAUAACAUUGUAUGUCCUUCAUUUUUAUUACUUUACUUUUUGUAAUGCUGUUUUUCUUUAGCUAAAAAUGUAUAGUGCAUGGUGCUUUCUUUUAGAUAAUGGAAAUAGUCUAUAUUUUAGUUUUUGCUUACGGUGAUCUUUACUCCAUUUUCCUCUUCUGCAGUUGGUUUGAAGGCUCAAAUUUAGAUAUAAAUUCUCGAACCAAGAAAAAUCACAGUGAGAAUAUGUCAGUAAUGAAGGAGUUUUUUCCACCAAAGUGUUCAAAGUGUAAUGUAAUCUUGAAGACUUUUACCAGAUAUUGCAGUAUGACUGCAAAGGUGCUAUAUUUCUUGCAUAGUAUGCUUCUCAUAGUUGAUAUGAAGGCAGUUUUCUUUUGUCUUGGAUUAUUAUAAAGAUGUUAUUGAACUUCAUGUAAAAGCAAUAUUUUCCUCCAAGGGAAAGCUUCUGAGACAAUUAUUGUUGAUUUAUUUCAUAUAUAUAUAUUUUUACAUAAAAGUUUAUUCUAUUUUCAUAUCAUUCACCUCUUUAAAACAUGAUUUUUUUUAACAGAACAUAUUCUGUUUUUAUUGCUUCUGCUUGUAUGAAACAGAAAAAUCAGAGAAAUUAUUCCUGGUGCCUUAUCCAGUUAAUGCCACAUGAGAGCAUUGGGGUUUUGAAAUACAUGCAUUUUCUAUACUGAUUGUAUUUUAGAAACAGUGAUUGAGGCAAAAAAAAUUAUGUAUAUGCAAAGAGCAUGAAAUAAAGGAGAGAAAAGCAAUGAUUAAAACUAGCAUAGAAAUGUUCCUUUAAAAAAUCUCAAAAAAAUUAGAAUUGUUUGGUGCUUUUAACUUAUCCUUCAAGUCAUUAAUUUCUUGAACCUUAUUGAUACUGCUAUUUCCCAAUUCUCUCAUGUAGGCAGUGAGUUCUGUCUUCACAGAUGUAACAGUUAUUAAUUUCAGGUCUUUAUUGUUUUUUUUUUUGUUGUUGUUGUAAAACUGAAUUUCAGUUGUGAAGUGUUUGCAUAUCAAUAUUCCCUUGUUUUGUAAUACUUUGACUUUUAGGUAACACCAGUCAUAAAAGACUGCAGCAUUCCCAAGAUUCAACAUUAUUGAAUUAAUUACAUAAAUAAGAAAUAUAUUUUUAUACAUAAUUGUCAUGUAUAUUAAAAAACAACAAGGGAUUGAUACGAAAAGUAAGAUUUGACUUGCUGGUAUCUAGCUUUUAAAUAUUCAUGUAUGAAAUGAAUAAACUACAAGUGAC